AUGGGGCUGAAGGAAGAAUUGAUCGAAAACCUUAGUCAGACACCUUAUGCCUGCUCGAAAUUGGAGCAAGUGGCGGGUGGAAUGAUGAACUUUACAUUUCGAGGGCAGCUCGUCGAUGCUUUGUUUGAUGGAAGUAAGACGGUUAUCAUCAAACAUGGUGAAGAUUACGGUUCUGAAGCCGCGGACAUAUUCAUUCCCACCAGUCGCUGUGUAGUCGAGCAGGAUAUGCUUCGGCGUCUGGAAAGUGCUUGUUUCCAGCCCUUACUUUGCCGUGGGAUCUCCGUGAGGUCACCACGCUUCUAUGAUUUCAAUCCUCAGACCACCACACAGAUCAUGGAGGAUGUCGCCAAUAGCGAGAGGCUUUUCGAUAUGACCAAACAAAUGGAUCAUUCCAUUGCUACUGAAAUUGGCGAAGCACUUGGUAAGUGGUUGGGUUGUUUCCAUGACUGGGCCAGUAAGCAGGAUGAUCCUGGUCUGCUCAAAACGCUCGAACCAAACCACGCGGUUCAAGAAGCCAUCCACCGGGGGAUGGACCAACAGAUUCGUGCCCGUGGCUACGACCCUGCCGUCACAGAACUGACCAAGGAGUUGCUUACUGGUGAAGAUGGAGCCGGACGAGGUGUGAUCUAUGGAGAUAUAACUACGAAAAAUGUUCUCUACCAGACAGCAGAAAAUGGCGGACAUACUCGUCUUUCUGUUAUUGACUGGGAAGCGUGCCGCAUUGGAUUUCGCAUGCAGGACAUUGGAGUAUUUGCAAUGAUAAAUCUAAUACAGUAUCACCUUGAAGGCUGCCAAGCUGCACUGCCAAUGGUGCAUGGAUUUACAAGUGGAUAUGGUCCAGUAGCCGACGAGCUGGUUUUCCAAGCUGCGGUCUUUUCGGGAUUAUAUCUUUUACACUGGGAUAUGGCCAUCACCUGGACGCCCACGCCCGAUCAAGUGGAUGGCUUAGUCAAGAUUGCGGACGAACUGAUCAUAAUGGGCGCCCAGAAGGAUCGACAGUCCAUCAAGAAGACAUUCUUGGGGGGACUGCUGCGGAGUUGA